AUGGGAAGGUUGGUCUUCAAACACACACACAUUGCGUCUGACUGUACAUUAUUUCACAACCACAUCUUUUCCCCCCAGGACAGCGCGGAGUCCGACAGCGCAGCGGCCGUACGCGCCGCCAACGUGGUCCGGCAGCGCGUAGCAGCGUGCGUCCGCGCGCUGCCCCCCCCCGCCGCGCUGCACCACCAACCUGAGGCCGCGCUGCAGAAGAUCAAGUCAUCCAUAGCUGAACUGCAACCGGCCGUGGAAGCAGUAGAGAAGCAGGCGCGGGCGGCGCGCGGGGACCAGGCCGCCAGGGUCGCCGACAAGCUGGCUGCUGAGUACCAGGCGCUACGGGAGCAGUACCAGGAGCGAUAUGAGCUUUGGGAACAAACCCAGUCGUCCAUCGAGGAGCUGUGCGGGCGGCUGCAGACGCUGGAGCGCUGGGCGGAGGGCGCGGCCGCCGCCCUGCACGACCCCGCCGCGCCCAGCAAGGACCUCAAGCAGCGCGCUCGGGACAUCGACCGACAGAUGUCAUCCCGCAUGAAAGCCCUCGAGGAGGCGCGCGCGGCGGCGCGGCAGUACACGCAGCCGCCGCCCGCCCCCGCCCCCGCGCCCGCCCCCGCCGGCGUCUCCCCCGCGGCCGCCCUGCAGCAACGACUGGACAGACUCAACCAGCGCUGGCUGCUGCUGGCGCUGCGCCUGCAGGGGGCACGGGACAGGAUAUCCGCCCAAGAGUCAUCCGCCCUGCUGGCGGAGGGCGGCGCGGCGUGGGCGGCGGCGCGGCGGCGGCAGCUGGCGGAGGUCCGCGCGGUGCUGCGCGCCCCCGCGCCCCACGACGGGCCCGCGUUGCAGCACACGCUCAGCAUGCUUGAGGCGCGCGCGGAGGAGCUGGUGGCUCGGCUGGCGGACAUGGAGGUGCUCCGCAAGAACAAGCAGCUGCCGCGCGACCACGCCGCGCUGCAGCGGGACCUGGAGGAGGCGGCGUCGCUAGUGUCAGCGCGGCGCGCGGCGGUGUCGGCGCGGCUGUCGGCGCUGGCCGCCCUGCAGCGCCGCGUGCUGCGCGCCGACACCUGGCUGCUGCGCGCCCGCCCUCAGCCGCCCACGCAGGAGGAAAUCAAAGAGCAAGAGCAAGAGAUGAAGGACAUCUUCGAGCACUACAACAAAAUGGAGGCGGAGUGCGCGUCCCAGGGGCAGCCAAUGAGCUCCGAGCUCGUGGACCAAGUCGACCAAUUAAAGACCGACUGGGCGCGCUUCCUGUCUGAAGGGCGCAAGUCUUCAGACCCGGAGGUGCGGGUGACCUCGCUGCGGAAGUCUUCAGACGAGCGGAGGUCGUCAGAAGGAGAGUCCAGGAAGAGCUCCGUCGACAGCGCGGCGUCCGAGUGGCUGUCGGGGCGGCGCCGCUCGCAGCAGAGCCCGGCCGCCGCGCUCGCCGCCUUCGACACCAGCGUGCUGCAGAUCCGCGACUGGCUGUCGGCGGAGCAGGAGAUGUUGCGCGCGCAGCCCGUGGCCGUCGGCGACUACGACGAGAUCAUGCAGCACCUCGACAAGCAGAAGGGCGUGCUGCGCGAGCUGGAGCAGAAGAAGCCACAGCUGGACGAGCUGCUGCACACGGCCGAGAGCCUCAAGGGCACCGAGAACAGGCAGCAGCUGCAUGGGAAAGUGACAGCCCUCCGUGAGCACUGGGACGAAGCCAACGCUCGCGUGCUCCAACGGAAGGCCCAACUGGACGCCAUGUUGGGCGACUCGGCGCGCUACUCCGCGCGGCGCCGCGACGCCGACGCCUGGCUGGCGCGCAUGGAGGCCCGGCUCGCCGCCAUGCCGCCGCCCGGGCAUACGGCUGAUGUGCUGGAUAUGCAGCUUAGGGAGCAGAAGUCGUUCCACGCAGAAGUCCAUCAAUACAAGCACCAGAUGGAGCUGUUCGCGCAGCUCACGCAGCGUCUCAUCGCCGUGUACCGCAGCGACGACACCUCGCAGAUCAAGCGCGCCACCGAGGCCGUCAACCACAGAUACCUAGAGCUCAAUAACAGCAUCGUGGCUCGCGGCAAGGCGCUCCACUCGGCCGUCUCUUCUCUGCAGAACUUCGACCGUUCGCUGGAGAAAUUCGUCGCGUGGCUGAGCGAGGCGGAGUCGCUAUUGGACGCGGCCGAGCGAGACCCUCAACUGUUAAAGGACCUCCAGACGGAGAUCGAGACGCACCGCGAUGUGUACGCAUCGCUCACGGGCACGGGCCGUCGCCUGCUCGGCUCCCUCUCCUCACAGGAAGACGCCGUGAUGCUGCAGAGACGACUGGACGAGAUGAACCAGCGGUGGCACCAUUUGAAGGCCAAGAGUUGCGCUAUCAGGAACCGCUUGGAGAGCAACGCCGAGCAUUGGUCGGCGCUGCUGCUGUCGCUGCGGGAGCUCACCGAGUGGGUGAUCCGCAAGGACACGGAGCUGACCGCGCUGGCGCCCCCUCGCGGCGACUUGGCCGCGCUUAUGAAACAACAGGACGACCACAGAGCCUUCCGGAGGCAGCUGGAGGACAAGCGGCCGGUGGUGGAGAGCAACCUGCUGAGCGGGAGACAGUACAUCGCCAACGAGCCGCCGCUGUCUGACACUAGUGACAGCGAGCCGACUCGUGACAGCGAGGGUGACAGCCGAGGGUACCGUUCGGCGGAGGAGCAGGCGCGCGAGCUGGCCCGGUCCAUCCGGCGGGAGGUGGCCAAGCUCGCGGAGAAGUGGAACUCACUGGUGGACCGGAGCGACGCGUGGGCAAGGUGUCUGGAUGACGCUGCUCAGCGCGUGCGCACAUUCACGGCGUCCCUCGACGAGCUCUCCGGUCGCGUGCAGGCGGCCGAGGCGGCGCGCUCCACGUGGCGCGGGCCGGGCGACGCGCGGGAUGCGCGGGCGCAACUCGACGCCGUGGCGCGGGUGCGGGCGCAGCUGCCCCCCCUGCGGCGUCUGGCUGAUGAGCUGCAUGGGCAGGCACAGGCGCUGCAGCGGGAGAAGAUACAGCUGCCGGAGCAUCUGAUGGGGAAGCUGGAUGAUUUGAAUACCAGAGUAUCAGCCCUCUGCUCCGGCGGCGAGGAGCGGGCGCGGCAGCUGGCGGGGGUGGCGCGGGACGGGGGCGCGGGGGCGGCGCAGGGCUUCCUGGCGGGGUCGGUGGACGCGCCCUGGGAGCGAGCCGUCACGCCGGCUAACGUGCCGUAUUAUAUCAACCACGAGCUCGAGACUACCCACUGGGACCACCCGAAGAUGAUCGAGCUGAUGAACUCCCUGGCGGAGCUGAACGAGGUCCGCUUCUCUGCGUACAGGACGGCGCUGAAGCUGCGGUCUGUGCAGAAGGCGCUUUGCAUGCAUCUAUUGCAACUGCCGGCUGCAUUGGAAGCGUUCGACUCACACGGCCUCAGAGCACAGAACGACAGGCUCAUCGACAUACCUGACAUGAUCACCGUUCUCACGUCUUUAUACGAGGUGAUAGCGGCAGAAAACCCGAGUGUGGUGAAUGUGCCAUUGUGCCUCGACAUGUCGAUCAACUGGUUGCUGAACGUGUACGACAGCCAGAGGACCGGACAGAUCCGAGUGUUGAGCUUCAAGGUUGGACUAGUCUUACUGUGUAAGGGACACCUUGAGGAGAAAUACAGAUAUCUAUUCCGGCUCAUAGCUGACCCAUCAUGCAGAGCUGAUCAAAGAAAACUAGGACUUCUACUCCACGAUUGCAUACAGGUUCCAAGACAACUUGGAGAAGUAGCAGCAUUUGGAGGCUCCAACAUUGAACCGUCAGUAAGGAGUUGCUUCGAACAAGCCUCAGCCGCCACCGGCAAGGAAAGCAAGACCAACACUUUGGAUAGGAAACAAGACAAAGAAAAAGAAGCGGAAACGAAAGAAAAACCAGCAACACUAGAACGCGAUGCAGAUGGCCAACUCCAGUUUAUUGAGGCCUUCCAAUUCCUGCAAUGGCUGCAAAGAGAGCCCCAGUCUAUGGUCUGGCUGCCAGUUCUUCAUAGGCUGGCUGCAGCUGAGACUGCUAAGCACCAGGCCAAAUGUAACAUCUGUAAGGAGUACCCCAUCAUUGGGUUUAGAUACCGUUGCCUCAAAUGUUUCAACUUCGAUAUGUGCCAGAAAUGCUUCUUCAGUGGACGCAAGGCGAAGAACCAUAAGUUGACCCACCCCAUGCAAGAAUAUUGCACCGCUACAACAUCAGGCGAGGAUGUCCGCGACUUCACUCGCGCUCUCCGCAACAAGUUCAAGUCGGCUAGGUACUUCAAGAAACACCCGCGCGUCGGAUAUCUUCCGGUCCAGACUGUUCUAGAAGGAGACGCCCUAGAGUCCCCAGCGCCAUCCCCGCAGCACGGGUCCACCAUGGGCGGCGGCGACGACAUGCACUCGCGCCUCGAGCUGUACGCCACCAGGCUCGCGCAGGUCGAGCUGGGGAACCGGCCUAAUGAGACCCCUGAUAGUGACGAGGAGCACCAGCUGAUAGCGCAGUACUGCCAGUCGCUGAACGGCGGCGGCGACAGCGACGACGCUCCGCGCUCGCCCGUUCAAGUCGUGUCUAUUAUACACCGCGAGCAGAGGCACGAGUUGGAGGCUAUGAUCAGAGAGCUAGAAGAAGAGAACGCGAACCUGCAGGCGGAGUACGAGCGUCUGAAGGCGAAGUCCACCCCAGGGUCUACUCCUGAGGAGCAGCAUGUCGUCAACGACAACCGGAACGCACCGCCUGACCAGGACAUGAUGGCAGAAGCCCGGCUGCUCCGGCAGCACAAGGGCCGGCUGGAGGCGCGCAUGCAGAUCCUGGAGGAGCACAACCGACAGCUGGAGGCGCAGCUGCAGCGGCUGCGGCGGCUGUUAGAUGAGCCCCAGCAAGGCUCCUCCCCCGCGCGCACGGGCACGCUGCAGACUCGCUCCGUCACCGCCUCGCAGCUCGCCACUGACUCGCCAGCCAAGAUGCACAACGGACUGUACCACGAGGGGCAGACUAAUGGCCGCUGGAACGGCGCGCCGAUGCCAGACCGCGACUCGCUGGAGCGCCCGCCGCCGCCCCCGCACAACGUGCAGUCGUUGAUGCAUUGCGCAGAUGACCUAGGGCGAGCAGUUGAAGAGCUGGUGUCAGUGAUGACGGACGAACAGCAGAACCAGACCACCACGACGACGGCCCCGCCUCAAUACACCAAUGGGAAGCCGGCAAACAACGACAACUAAGCUCUUCAAGUGACCUAUCACGGCAUUUCUAAACGAAACUCGCAACAUCGAGAUAUACAACGCGCAUUUGGUGCUUUCUGAACCGAUUGUCUGUAUUGCUAGCAGAGAAAAUUUACUAGCAGUAUCGUGACUUUUAUGAAUUUUAUGUGGCAACAUUUGGUGGUUAU